AUGCAGCAGCAGCUGCAUCUGCAGCAGGCGCUGCAGCAGGCGCUGCAGCAGGAACUGCAGCAGGAGCUCCAGCAGCAGCUCCAGCAGCAAGAGGUGCAGCAGGCGCUGCAACAGGAGCUGCAGCAGGAGCUGCAGCAGCAAGAGGUGCAGCAGGAGCUGCAGCAGCAAGAGGUGCAGCAGGAACUGCAGCAGGAACAGCAGCAGGAACUGCAGCAGCAGGAACUGCAGCAGCAGGAACUGCAGCAGGAACAGCAGCAGGAACAGCAGCAGGAACUGCAGCAGCAGGAACUGCAGCAGCAGGAACUGCAGCAGGAACUGCAGCAGCAGGAACUGCAGCAGCAGGAACUGCAGCAGCAGGAACUGCAGCAGGAACAGCAGCAGGAGCUGCAGCAGGCGUUACAGCAGGCGCUGCAGGAGGAGCUGCAGGAGGAGCUGCAGCAGGAACAGCAGCAGGCGCUGCAGCAGCAGGAGCUGCAGCAGCAGGAGCUGCAGCAGCAGGAGCUGCAGCAGGAGCUGCAGCAGGCGCUGCAGCAGCAGGAGCUGCAGCAGCAGGAGCUGCAGCAGCAGGAGCUGCAGCAGGCGCUGCAGCAGGAGCUGCAGCAGCAAGAGCUGCAGCAGCAAGAGCUCCAGCAGCAGCUGGAGCAGCAAGAGCUGCAGCACGAGCUGCAGCACGAGCUGCAGCCGGCGCUGCAGCAGGAGCUGCAGCAGCAGGAGCUGCAGCAGCAGGAGCUGCAGCAGCAGGAGCUGCAGCAGCAAGAGCUGCAGCAGCAGGAGCUGCAGCAGCAGGAGCUGCAGCAGCAAGAGCUGCAGCACGAGCUGCAGCCGGCGCUGCAGCAGCAAGAGCUGCAGCAACAAGAGCUGCAGCAGCAAGAGCUGCAGCAGCAAGAGCUGCAGCAGCAAGAGCUGCAGCAGCAAGAACUGCAGCAGCAAGAGCUGCAGCAGCAGCAGCUGCAGCAGCACGAGCUGCAGCAGCAGCAGCACGAGCUGCAGCAGCAGCAGCAGCAGCAGCUGCAGCAGUGCAGCUCUCCACUUACCCGACGAGGAAUUUCUGUACUUUUGGACCGUUGUAGAUACAGCCGCUUAUUAAAAACUUCUUCUAUAAAUACUUUUAUAAAAAUAUUUAAUACUUUUGUUUAUAUAUAUAUAUUUAUAUAUAUAUAUAUAUAUAUAUAUAUAUAUAUAUAUAUAUAG